AUGUCUAACUUUGAUGACCCUGGAUUGUUCUACCAAGAGCGAUAUUUCGCCAACGAUGGAGCUCCAGAUGAGGGUCGAGAGUUGAUAGCUGAGUAUAAGCAGUUAACAGGGCAGUUCAGAUCUUUUAUCAGAGAGUUCUCUACUGGAGGUUUCGGCAUGAUUUAUCGUGAGCAGUUAAAGAGAAACUAUAAUCUUGGAAUAUACCAUCUUGAAAUUAAUUUGAAUCAUUUGAAAAUGUUCGAUGAAGCUGCUGAGUCUAAAUUACGAAAAAUGCCUGGCCGGUUUUUACCUGCUUUGGAAGAUGCUGCCAAAACUGUCGCUGAUGAGAUCACUCAACCAAGACCUGAGGGACAAGAAGAAAUGCAAGAUAUUCAGGUUACUCUCACUCUCGAUGAAUAUCCAACAUGUAUCAGAAAAGUUAAAAGUUCCCAAGUUGCUCAAGUUGUAAAAAUUUCUGGAAUCAUUGUUGCUGCAUCACAGGUCAAAUCAAAAGCUACUCGAGUCUCUUUGCAAUGUAGAACAUGCCGUCAUUUGGUCAGUGAUGUUUCUAUUAAGCCUGGUUUGGACGGAUUCCAGCUACCAAGAACUUGUGGAGCUCCUCAGAGUGGACAAAUCCAAAAGUGCCCAAUGGAUCCUUAUCACAUUGUUCCGGAUAAAUGCAGAUGUGUUGAUUACCAAACACUGAAGCUCCAGGAAAGCCCUGAGGAUGUACCUCAUGGAGAGAUGCCUAGACAUCUUCAACUGUACAGUGAUCGUUAUCUCACCGAUAAAGUCGCUCCUGGUAAUCGAGUCACAAUUGUAGGAGUUUUCUCUAUCAAGAAGCUUUUUAACAAGACGAAAGGAGACAAAACUCUCUCCGGAAUUCGUACACCAUAUCUCAGAGUCUUGGGUAUUAAUGUAGAGAUGAGUGGUCCAGGUAGAACCGAUUUCAACCAGUUCACUCCAGAAGAUGUCAGAAAGUUCCAAGAUGUUUCGAAGCGUAAUGAUGUAUAUGAACUCAUUGCCAAGAGUAUUGCUCCAUCGAUUUAUGGUUCUGCUGAUAUUAAGAAGUCAAUUUCUUGUCUCCUGUUUGGUGGAUCAAGAAAGAGAUUACCUGAUGGCUUAACACGUCGUGGAGAUAUUAACGUUCUUUUACUUGGAGAUCCCGGAACUGCCAAAUCUCAGCUUCUGAAGUUUGUAGAACAGGUUUCUCCAAUUGGAGUCUACACAUCAGGAAAAGGAUCUUCGGCUGCUGGUUUAACUGCUUCUGUCAUCCGUGAUCCUCAAUCGAGAAGUUUCAUUAUGGAAGGAGGCGCUAUGGUUCUCGCUGAUGGAGGAGUUGUAUGUAUUGAUGAGUUCGAUAAAAUGCGAGAAGAUGAUCGUGUUGCCAUUCACGAAGCUAUGGAGCAACAAACUAUUUCUAUUGCUAAAGCGGGUAUUACCACCACUUUGAACUCUCGCUGCUCGGUUUUGGCGGCUGCCAAUUCCGUGUAUGGUCGGUGGGAUGAUUCAAGAGGAGAUGAAAACAUCGACUUCAUGCCUACUAUUCUUUCACGUUUCGAUAUGAUUUAUAUUGUAAAGGACACGCAUGACGUAAAAAGAGAUACGACUCUUGCCAAACACGUUAUCGAUGUUCACGUGCAUGCUUCACAGGCGAAGAGCAAAACUGUAGAGACUGUCGUAGAUCCAGAUCUUGUUUUCGAUACUGAUGGUUACCUGACACUAACUUUCUUGAAAAAGUAUGUUUCUUAUGCUAGAGCCAACUGUGCCCCAAGAUUGUCUACUGGUGCAAGUGAGAAGCUCUCAAACAACUAUGUGCGAAUGAGAAAUCCUCCAGUUGAUCAGGACCAGCAUAAACUUGGCAAAAAAAGUCAUAAGAGUGCUAUUCCUCUCACAGUUCGUCAGUUGGAAGCUGUCGUUCGUAUGAGUGAAAGUCUUGCGAAAAUGGAGUUGUUGCCUUUCGCUAUGGAUAAGCACGUUGAUGAAGCUCUCCGCCUGUUCAAGGUGUCUACAAUUGAAGCUGCUGCUACAGGAAACUUAGCAGGAAUCGAAGGAUUCACUUCUGGAGAAGAUCAAGAUUCUUUGAACCGCAUUGAAACUCAACUGAAGAAACGCUUUGCUGUAGGAACCCAUGUUUCUGAGCAUUUGAUUGUCCAAGACUUCGUUUCACGACAGCAUUAUAAGGAAGCGUUGGUCCGUAAGGUCAUCAUUGGCUUGAUCAGAAGAGGAGAUCUUCAACACAAGAUGCAGAGAAAAAUGCUGUACAGAGUUCGCUAA